AUGCGGUCUUGUGACGGUGAAAGUCUCUUGAAACUAGGCGAUUUCACCUUCACCAAGGUGCUACAUACUGGAUCUAAGUGGUGUUGGUCGUGCUACACACAUAAACACCAAGGCUGUGAAGCUACUGCCUAUACUGAACGGGACAAACUUAUAUUUGCCAGGAAUGACCAUAAUCAUCCACCGACGGAAUUUUUCGUAUGA